GCCAGUCACGGCGUAUUUUUAAUCGACCUACACCAAAAAGUGAUUUAUUUGGUUAAAAAUCAUAUUUUUUCAUGAUUCAAACGUUAUGUUGUGUUAUAGAUAGUCAUGGUUGACAAUAUUGCAUUUGUUAAAAUUGAACCAAAACAAGAAGAAGAAAUCAACUGGUGCCUUGAAAGGAACAUUCUUGCAAGCAACUAUUUAUUGGAAAAUAUAAAAGAAGAGCAUAAUGACAUAAGGACAAAAGUAGAGUAUUAUAGCCAAGAGUCCAAUGAGGAGGAGCAAGGUCAUUCCUCAAAUAUUAAAUCUGAAACCGUAGGGCUUAAAUGUAAAGUUUGUGAUUACACGACGAGUGAUGACCAAAGUUUUAAAAUACACCUUUUGAUGCAUAGGAAAAUUAGCAAGUUUAAAUGUGCAAACUGUGAUUACGUAACAAAUGUCAAACGGUAUUUAAAAGCACAUCUCUUUAAGCACAAAGUAUUUAAAGGGAUAAAGUGUGCAAAUUGUGAUUAUGCAACAAAUACGAAAAAUAGAUUGAAGCGACAUCUCAUAAUACACAAUGACUCGAAAGAUUUUAAAUGUGAAAUUUGCGAUUAUGUAACAAAUAGUAAGGAGAAAUUGAGAUAUCAUCAACUAAAACACAGUGAUUCAGAAGCUUUUAAAUGUAACGUUUGUGAUUAUGUAACAAAUAUUAAAAGCUGUUUUAAGUCGCAUCUCUUAAUACACAAUGAUGCAAAAGAUUUUAAAUGUGACAUUUGUGAUUAUGUAACGAAUACUAUGAAAUAUUUGAAGAAACAUUUGCGAAAGCACAAUCUUUCAAAAGUCUUUAAAUGUAACGUGUGUGAUUAUUCCUCAAAUCGGAAGGACCGUUUGAAGCAACAUCUUUUAAUACACAAUGAUUCAAAAGAUUUUAAAUGUGACAUUUGCGAUUAUGUAACAAAUACUAAGGAGAAAUUGAGGUAUCAUCUUCUAAAACACAGCGGCUCAGAAGCUUUUAAAUGCACCCUUUGUGAUUAUGCGACAAAUAUUAAAAGAUGUUUUAGGUCACAUCGCUUAACGCACAAUGUUUUAAAAGACAUUAAAUGUGACAUUUGCGAUUAUGUAACAACUACCAAACGGUAUUUGAAGGAUCAUUUGCGGAAACACAAUUAUUCAAAAGAUUUUAAAUGUGAUGUUUGCGAUUAUGCAGCAAAUACCAAGAGGAAUUUGAAGAAUCAUUUGCUAAAGCACAAUGUUUCAAAAGUUUUUAACUGUGACCUUUGUGAUUAUGCUACAAAUAUGAAACACCAUUUUAAAUCGCAUACCUUAAAACAUAAUAAUUCAAAAGAUUGUUUUAAAUGUGACAUUUGUGAUUAUGUAACGAAUACUAAGAAGAGUUUAACGAGUCAUUUUUUAAAACACAAUUGAUCUAAAAAUUAUACUGGUAACCAUUUGUGAUUACAACAGUGACUAUAUAUACCUACAGAUGUGUUGUGGGGUUGAUAAAAAUAGGUUUCUUUUUGUUUUAGGUAUAGAACUAAUUUAGGAGCUAAUUUUCACAUUAAAAAAACAUUUGAUAUAUUGCUUUCUAUUAGCAAUUAAAUCUAUGACAUUUUGAAAAUGUGUUGUGAAUUUGUUGUAAUUUUAAUAAUUGUGGUGUGUAAGUUGAAUAAGUACAAGAAAGCAAUAUAACAACUUUACUUUAGUGCUAACAUAUUAUAACAGACUGAUAACAUGGAAAUUGGUUACUUUGUCACUCACUGCCAUAUAUCAUACUAGCAUUUCAUUGGUUGUUAUAUGGUAACCAUGGCAAUUGUGUAAUAGUAAUUUAUAUAUCGUUGAUAUAAUCAGAUUACCUACUUUUGGUUUUCUGUAUAAGACUUGUCUGUUGGAAAUAAAUAAAUAAGUAUUAUUAUUAUUAUAAUUUUCGUGCGGCGAUUCAUAGUAAUUAAGUCAUAGAUGUAUGUCCUCUAACUAAGACUGCUGUUGUAUGGUUGGCGUUAAAUAAAAUAGUUAGUUGUAA